UUGGUAACACUAUAUCAGUCAGUAUUUCACUAAAAUGUUUACUUCUCAUCUUUUUAAUGUUUUCAAACUCUUUAGAAUUUAUUAUAUGUUAAAAUAUUCAUUUCAAUUAUGCAAAUUAGUAUACUAAGAUUAACAAAUAGUUUAUUAGUUUCCAAAGUAAAAGUCAUGGCUGUGAGACAGUCUAGUGAUUUGGCAAAAUUCAAAGAAUGUUUAAAGCAAGCUAAAGAUGUUGUGAUACUUUCUGGUGCCGGUAUAAGUGCCGAAUCUGGUAUACCAACAUUUCGAGGAGCUGGUGGUUUCUGGAGAAAAUACCAAGCAUCCUCAUUGGCGACUCCAGAAGCCUUUCAAACUAGUCCAAGUUUGGUUUGGGAAUUUUAUCACUACAGGCGAGAAGUCGCUGCGAAAGCUCAACCUAACGCUGGUCAUAUAGCAAUUGCUAAUUAUGAAUCAAACCAUAGUUCAGAUAAAAAUAUUACCAUUAUUACACAAAAUGUUGAUGGUUUGCAUGCAAGAGCCGGCACAAAAAACCUUAUAGAGUUGCAUGGUAACCUAUAUAAAACCCGCUGUACAAAAUGUAAAGAAGUUCUUGUGAACUUUGACAGCCCUAUUUGUGAGGUAUUAGCUGGUCGUGGAGCUCCAGAUACAAAUAUAGUGGGUUCUGAUAUACCUGUUAAAUCAUUACCACAUUGCAAGAAAAGUAACUGUGGAGGUCUACUUAGACCUCACAUUGUGUGGUUUGGCGAAGGCCUGGAAUCAGCUGUGCUAAAGAAAGCUGAACAAGCUAUGGAAAGAUGUGAUGUCUGUCUUGUUGUUGGCACAUCAUCGGUUGUAUACCCAGCAGCUAUGUUUGCCCCUCAAGCAGCAGCCAGAGGUGCCACAGUUGCUGAAUUUAAUAUAGAAACAACUCCAGCUACACCCGACUUUCAUUAUUAUUUUGAGGGACCCUGUGGAACAACUCUUCCUUUAGCUUUAGAGGAUUAAUUGUUUCUAUUAUUUUAUCAAACCCAAUUUAUUUGUAACUAAAAAAUCUAAUAAAAACAGUGAGUCUUUCAAAGAAAAUGUUAUAGCUGU